AUGUAUUUUACAUAUGAGGAAUCUGAGACUCAGACUUUAUGUGAGUACACAGUUGUCUGACUCCAAAGCUUAUGCUUCUUUGCUGUAUAAAGGAACUCCUCAGGAAGACUUAAGCCAGCUAAGCAGUAAUAAAGCCAGCUCCUCUUUAGGCUUCUACACACCACACAGUUUCCAAGAUAUAAGGUGUUUUGUUUUUGUAAAUCUCAAACAGCUAAAAACAGAGUAUGAGUAACUCUUAUUUUCAUAUAUGACAGGAUUCCAUGAAGCCAUUACCACGUUGUGUGCAUUUAAUAACCUUGUUUCUGGGUUUCAUGUAGGCAGCAUUUAGUGGCCCCUACAACAUGAAGACCCUCUGCACUACUCAAGGAAAUAAGAUGUGGUUCUUAUUGAAAGGAGUUCAUUUUUUUAAAGUUUAUUUUUAAUUUUUAUGGAUGCAUUAUAGUUGUACAUGUUUAUGGGGUACAUGUGAUAUUUUGAUACAAGCACACACUGUGUAAUAAUCAACUCUGGGUCCAAAAACCCCUGCAACAAAACCUUCAAAUAACAUGAAAAAUAAAUAAAUAAAUCCAGUGAGAUGUUAUUUUGUAUGCUUGGAACUGUUUAACAUUCUAUGAUUAAUAAUCAAAAGUUUUGAAAGUAAAGCAAUUAAGCACAAUAUAUAUUUUAAAAUUCAACUAUAAUCAAUUUUGGGUGGGUUAUCCAUAAAUAUUUGGCAUCUGUAUAGACAUUAUUUUGAGUAAUGUCUUAAUAAAGUUCAUGAUGGAGGGAAAGGGUGUGGGGAUUGACAUGCCCCAUGGCCAAGUGUGGGAGCCUCCUAUUGGCCUCACUGAGAUAUUUAGGAGGCACCAGGGGGAAACAGAGGGCGUAGGCAGGAGGCAAGAAAUGGCAUUAAAUGUGCAUUGAAAACUGAUUGCAUCUCUAGGGAGGAAGCUAGUACUGGCUUUAUUUCUCUUGUUUAAAGUAAUAGGUACUUGAAAGAAUUCAAAUUAUAAAACUGUGUGCUAGGAAUGCUAAAGGUCUGGCUCUCCUGGUCCAGCUCCCCACUCAUAACCACUUUAACCUCUGGUUUUUAUCUUACCUGACUCUUUUUUUUCUUCCAAAACUCUGAAUCAGAGAAAUGUGGUAGAAGGAACUAAGAAAUCAUCAAAUCCAACUUUAACAUUUUGCAGAAAAUGAGCAGUCCUCAUAGAUUAAGUGGGGUUACAGUUGUUAACUUAAAAUUAUUAAAGAGGUCAGAAUCUAGUUUAAAGAGAGUUUAAGUGUAAAGGUUGAGGACUGGCCACCCGGGAAAGUACAGAUUUUGAAGAAUGGAAGUCAGUGUUCCAAAGUGUAGAAGUAUGGGAUUGUUUAUACAGACAAAGUUUAGGGAAGUUUAAGAGAAUUUUAAUAUCUUUUUAUGUAAGGCUGUACAGUUAUAACGAUCUGAUUAGCUGAGAUGGUCUGUUUUGUUGCAGGGUGGGGAAAGUAUAUUUAACAUUUUACACUGAAGAUGUCACUGUUACAGGGUCCCUGUUUGGGGCACUAUGUGGUUUGAGUUAGAUACAGGACAGUAAAGGAGGCAGUUAAUCUAUAAUAAAUAUCCGUGAUUGGAAGGGCGAAAUCUGAUCUCUGAUCAUGUUUAGACAUUUAUAGAACAAGAACAAUGAAGAGAGUUAAACUAUAAUCUGAGAAGCAGAAUUGUAUAACAUGUUACGUAACUCAGAUCACAGUAACAUCUCUCUCAAGGUUUAAAGUGUUUGGGGGGGUUCUAACAGUUUUUAAAUUUAUUUUUACACAGUUUUUGUAGCAGAAUUGGAACUAAAAUCCAGGGCUCUUAAUGUCUAAGCAGCAAAUGUCUGGGCUUCACUUUAGAUCGUAUGCUAUUGGACAAAAUCAGUAGUGCUGUUUAGUUUUAGAUAAGCACUGACUGUGAAAAACAAAAGUUGGAGAACUAAAGUUCAGAUUGAUUUUGGAAUUCAUUUUCAAGACAGCAAGUGGAAAUUUUCUUUUUAUUGUUUUAUCCCCUGUAGUUUUAAAUCAGAGCAGCCUUUUUCCAAAAUGAAGUAGUGUUUUUAAUACCUCAUUUUUGACCCACUAACACCUACAGUUUCUUUUUUACUCUGAUUGUAGGAAAAACUAAGACAGUUUCUUCAAAACUAUUGAAGCCCCAAAGUCGGUCAAACAAAGUUAGUGGAUCUCAACUGACAGCCCCAGAUUUAGUUGGGAUUUUCAGGUGACAGGAAAAUACAGUGGGCUUCUCUGUUCCUCUCAGCAAUAUUGAGAACUUCUGCUGUACGAUGAUGCAAAUAAAAUUAUGUGGCCAUGCAACACUUAAAGUAUCCUGGAUUUCUGAGCUCUUGGAAGUGUGCAUGAAGCGCUAUCUUAAGGGUAUAAUUGCAUAGAAUUCAGUCGCAUUAACACUAAUUGCACCUGGAAAGACAUAGAAACAAAUGUAAUGCAUUUUUUUUAAAGUACAAAGUAGUAAACUGCCUAAAUGUAUAGAAUAGGAGAAAAUGUAAGCAGUAAAAAUUAUAAUACAUUUGUUGGUGUACUCAGUUUACAAAAUACUUUUGCCUCUGUUAAUUUGGUUUAACCAUCACAACUCUGUGAAUUAAUUAGAGGCUGGGAAUCUUGACACAGGAAAUAACAUUUUGUUUAUCUUUGAGCAGAUGCAAGUAGUUCUCACUGCCCUUAGGACUUUUGACACAAUCAUAGAAUCUCAAAUUCAAAAAGACGGAACUUAAAAUAAAAAUCUGUUGAUUACAUGGCCCACUCCUAGAUUAUUUGAGGUUCUCUCUUCAGUUUCAGUUGGGCAGUUUGACUAUUCUUUUGAAUGAAUAUACUGAAAUUAGAGCUCUUUCCCUGAGAUUCUUGGUGUGCACAUCAUAAUGGGUAUUUGAAACCUGUCAUUAGAAAGUUCCUGAUGUGUCAGGCUAUUACUAUGUGUAAAGCUGAAGAAAAUGGCCUUUGAUCUGUUUGUUUGCUUAGGUUUCUUCCAUGAGUGGCAAUAUUCUUACUAGUAGCCAGUUCAGAUUCUUUUCAAAGGUAUAAACACUUUCACACUCAAAAUACCUGAUUAAUGAUAAUAUUGGAUAAACUCUUUUCAGUUUAAUAAGUUACAUAAGUACAGAACUUUAAUUAUUAAUAUCUCAUAUUUAAUUGAAUAUUUAUUUCCUUUAUUUCCCUUUAGAUAUCUCGUAAGACUUUGAACUUUACUGUUUUAUUAUCUGGAAAAAAUAUGAAUUACCUGUGAUAUUUAGACUCCAAUAUGGUUGGGCUAUCUCCCCUCAUACCUACAGAAUUGGGGGUUAUCCUUUUGCUCUAGUUUAGAGUAUGGGAAGGAGAGUUUCAUAUCCUCCCUUUUUUCUUCAUAAGGAAAUGCAGCCUCAGAGUGAUUCUAUAUUCCAGGCAGUUCAAAGAAUUCUGAAUUGUAACCUGAGCUUAGUUUCAGACCUGUAAUGGCCAGAUAUCAAGGUGAAGUUCAGAGUUUGAAACUGGAUGAUGAUUCUGUUAUAGAAGGAGUAAGUGACCAAGUACUUGUGGCAAUUGUGGUCAGUUUCGCUUUGGUUGCUACCCUGGUAUAUGCACUUUUCAGAAAUGUACAUCAAAAUAUUCACCCUGAAAACCAGGAGCUAGUAAGGGUGCUUCGAGAACAACUUCAAACUGAGCAGGAUGCCCCCGUCGCUGCUCGACAGCAGUUCUACACUGACAUGUACUGUCCCAUCUGUUUACAUCAAGCCUCCCUCCCUGUUGAAACAAACUGCGGACACCUUUUUUGUGCCCAUUUAGGUGGCUAUCUCUCUAUGAGAGGGAAAGUUGAGGAACAGGAAAACAGCAAGUGUAUAAUAGUGGAUGCGCAUGAACUGAAGUGUCUGGACUUGCUGAGCCAUGGCUUUUCAGUGCAGGUGCCUGCAUUAUUGCUUACUGGCGAUACGGUUCAUGGCUUGGGGCAAUCAGCUGUCCAAUCUGUAGACAAACGGAGGAAACCGAUGUUUUCUGUUGUCUGUCUGCCUGAUUGGCUGUGUGACACGAGGCAGUCCACACUGAAGCGCACUUGCCAAUACCACCUCUUACCAUCUUGCCUCUUUUGCCAUCAGCCACAACACGGAGACCAGGUAACUUUACUCCUGACGGUAUUUGAUGAAGAUGAUCAGUCUCAGGAUGCUGUACGAUUGCAUCAAGAUAUUAAUGAUUACAACCGAAGGUUUUCAGGGCAUCCCAGAUCUAUUGUGGAAAGAAUUAUGGAUCUCCCCACUUUACUGAGGCAUGCAUUCAGGGAAAUGUUCUCAGUCGGGGGCCUUUUCUGGAUGUUCCGCAUUAGGAUAAUACUUUGUUUAAUGGGAGCUUUUUUCUACCUUAUAUCACCUCUAGAUUUUGUGCCUGAGGCCUUGUUUGGAAUUCUAGGCUUUCUUGAUGAUUUCUUUGUUAUCUUUUUGUUGCUUAUCUACAUCUCUAUUAUGUAUCGAGAAGUAAUAACCCAAAGGCUAACCAGAUGAAAAAAAAUGAGUUUACUGGAUUAAAACAUGUGAGCUAAUGUAUAAAAUCAAAAGGGCCCAUGGCAGUAUGAAGCAUAUGAAUAUUAUCUUACAAGCUUAAAACCACUAUAUGACAAACAUGUGAUUAUCAUUUGACAAAUGCCGAGGAAUAUAUAACUGGAACUUCUACAUGUCACAGGUUCUAAUGUUUAGAAUUAUAAUGAUCUACAGUUAUAUCUUGAUUCUGUGUUAUUUUGAAAAAAUAUGGAAUUACAUAAAAAGGGAUGCUUUUAUAUCUUUUUCUUUUCCCUAAAAUUACUUAAAUUGGAUGUAUAGUGAGAUAUUGUUAAAUGUACUGUUUAUCCAAUUUAUCCUCCUCAGUGGGUACCUAUCUGAUAAUAUAUAGUUAUAAAACUCAUCUAAAUAUUUUUGUUACAAUAAAAUCUUAUACAAUUUGGGGGAAAGUCAGUGUUCUUUGAGUGCUGGCUCAGUUUUGUGCAUUUGGAGCAGUUCUGCUUUUUCAUUCUGGUAUAAUUCUUUGUUAUCAGCUAAAACUGAAAGAAGAAACUUGAACUUUAUAAUUUGAUUUCAUAUUCUGGUUUACAGAACACUUUUUAAUCAAUAGAGAAAUUAAGAUGAAAAACAUUUAUCUCCAGUCAGCAUACUUGAUGUUUGCAGUUACAACAUUUAAACAAGAGUUUGGUCCUUUUGUAGAUAUAAAGUAACUUAUAAAGAGAAAAAUUUUUAGGAACCUGUGUGAUACUGCAAACACAUAGUAGUCUGAGGCAUUUCUGAGGAAAGUGGCUCUUCAUAUCUUUAAGCAUCAAAGCCUUUAGGAAGGCUGGGAACACUAUUUAAAUUUGACAAAAGAAUUUACUGGUUAGCUCUAGCAAUAGUUGGACAAAUUUGGUUUUCUAUUGUCUGGAAAUGUUUGUAAGUCUCUCGAGAUGGCAACAUCAUGUCUUACGCAGAGUGAAUGAAUGUGUCAGAGAAGAAUCAACACCGCAAGUGUUAGGAGACCCUUCCUUCGGCUGCAGUGCUCAUAGGGAAGUCAGGACAGCAGGACGUGAGGCGAUGCCCAGGAGUGAGUGCGAGCGCUGCCACCUGCAACCCCUGAUGCUGUUACUAUCCACUCAUUAGUGAGCCUCACUAUGUGUAACAGAAAAUAAGGAGAAAAUCUGUCACAGUCUCCCAGAUUAAUCAGAUUAGCCAUCAAAACAAAUGAGAUUCUGAAUGAAACAUAAAUCUGUGUUUUCUAAUUUGGACCUAAGACAACAGUAAUGCUUAUUAGCUAGAGCACAUCAUACUUAAAGCAGGUUCUCGCACACUUUUCAUUUUAUCCUUAGGCCAAUUCUGCGAGGAGGGCAGGGCAUCACCUUCCUCUUCACAGAUGAGAUGCCAUGCUAGCAAUGAAAGUUUCUUGCCUGAAGUCACACAACAAAUAAGUGACUGAACUGGCAUUACCCUUAGUAGGACUCCUGCAUAGGAUGUUUAGAUAGAUAGACAUGAAGGUCACUAUGACGAGGAGAAGGAAGAGAGAAACGGAUCCACUGGAAGUCUUUCAGAGUAUGUUGUUCCUUCAUCAGAGCAGGACAGUAGGUGCUCCUAGGAGGAAAGGCCUAGAGGGUUGACACCUCGGGACUGCGUGACCUAAGUCGACACUAACAGUCAGAUAGAUGUCUGACAUGGCGGCACACGUCACAGAAAAGCAUUUCAGCUGCGGCCACCGCCGUGAAAAGCAGAGGAGUAGGGUUUUGUCACGCCACUAUUUACACCAGACUGGAAAUGCAUUUUCCACCAGUCACAGAUGUGGCGUGGCACUGCGGCAAGGUCGUUUCUUACGGGAUUUUAUUUUCUGUGCAUGUGUUUGGUUCCAAGUGUCACAUUUUGGUUAUAAUUUUAUUGUAAUAUUUGGAAUUACUACUAAGAUUUUCUUUCCUGAUAUAAAAGGUAUAUUGAACCAACUUUUGUAAUGUACAAAAACACUGUAUGAGCUGAAGUGUUAUGAAAUUGAAAAGGCAUGGGCUGACAUCUCAGAAAUUUAGAGCUGUUUGUCGUCACCUCUGCGGAUCACUGAGGAUAAAUGCAGAAGGAAUCAGAAUAUGUAAAGCAAGUGGAGUCAAUCAAUGUUUUAAAACAUCAUAGUAAUACUUCUGUGAUUCAGAGUUAGAUCAUAUAAAUCAAAGCAACAAUUUGCAUUUUUUUAAACAAUAUUGUAACUGUCACAAAAACAGAUGGUCCAACCCCAGGAGCAGAUAAUAACUUGGGCAGCUCUGUGGGGAACAAGACGGGUGAAAACUGUUCUAAUUGCCCCCUAGAACAGUGGUUUCAACCACUGUAAUUCUCAGUGUUUGAGAGGAACAAGGGAAGAAAGAACUUUUACUGAUCCCUUGUGGCUGUGCAGAUACCUACCUCACAGAGUUGUUGUAGAAGAUUGCAAUUUAGUUCAAAUUUUGUGAUUGAAACUGUCAAGUAUUUUAUUCUUUUGAAUAAAAGCAACAUAUCUAAAA